AUAAUAAUUGUAAUAGAUGAGUGUUUAAUAUUUUGGAGAAAAGCGCAUAUUCCUACACAGUAUUCUUCAGACUGUGUUAUUAAAUUAAAAAUAUUGUAUGAGAAAUAGAGAUAGUUGGACAAAAAUAAAUCUAGAAAAACAAACACAAGAACAACAUUAUAAUAUUUUUUCUGAAGAAUUAGACAACCUCUUUGACAUUUCUCAUAUCGAAGCUCUGAAUAUGAUGAGUAUUGAAGAAGACAAACAGUUCUUAUUGUCACAACUUAAAAAAGGCCACUCAGGAGCAUGCUUGGUAAUGAUAUGAAGUUAAUAGGUAUUGAAAAACGUAAAAUUACUCGACAAGAAGAAGAAGAUGAUCGAAAGAAAAAAGAGAAGUUAGAAAUUGCAAAUUGUACAGCCGAAACUCAAUAUUAUAGCAGCUCUAGCUCGGAGAAAGAAGAUAUUGAUAUGGAGGAAAACGUUGAAGAAAUGAGUCAAUGUCUUGGGCCUUCAAAAGAAGUAAAUGCACUAGAAGAUAUAUGUUGUUUUGUAGUUGAAUGUUAUAUUAAAAUGUGGUUUUCAGCUGCGAAUAAAAAUAAAUAUAUUUUUAAAAAACUAAAAAAACACGCUUUUAAAGCACAUCGCACUUAAAAGUUAAAAAUAAAUAUAGUUUAAAAAAAAAACCCAGCACAGGGUAGUCGCGGCACAGUGGUGACGUGGCAUAGUUGGAUCAAGUAUAAUGAUAUCUGACAGUGAUUAAAAUCACUAUCAAAAAAAAACGCUUCGAUGCAAAUCUUUAGAUAGUGUUUAAUUUUAAAAAAUUGGUGGAUUAUUCCAAAAGCUUCAUAAACUGCUAGUUCCUUAUUAAUAUCCUCAUUAAGAUAAAGUAUGUUGAAUGAAAAAGGGAUUAUUAAAAAAUAG